CCCCUUCCCCACGGCCGAGCAAGGUUCUAUAUUAUAUAAUGCGAAUGCGCGCGUGAUAUCAGAGAGUGUAACGCACAGCCAGAUCUUGAGCCAUUCAGAGGCACAAAAGAUGGUGGGUCUGCUUACGAUGGUCGAGAAAUCGAACACGAUUAAUCAUACCGCAUAAAUUGCUCCCUUCCAGUGGCAAAACCAUGCGUGAUGGGUUCGUGACUUUUCCAACUGUAGUAAAUUGCCAACGCCUUCGAUUUGGUUGGAUGGUUCACACUGGAGGCCCCUCCUCUCUCACUUGGAUCUCGACUCCUCGGAAGAGCUAAGAUAAGCGUGACAUGUGGUCGGUUGCUGCAAGCGCCAAUUCUUUGCGUGAGGCUCCCAACCUCAACUGGUUCCAGAAUCCCGAUGCAGGAACACCAGGACAAAAGACCGUUGGAUUAUUGCUCACUCUUGCAAUGGGAGAAUCAUUCAAUCGUUGAGCUGUGCGUGAGCCUUCCCCCCUAUUCACCGGAAAGGGUUAUCGUCAUAUUUGCGCGUGACUCUUAUGCGGGUAAACCUUAUUUCGACCGCUUUGAGUCGCGCGUGGCGGGCGGACUAAGGUGAAGGGCAAAAUAGGUCGCUUCCGCCGUCACAAAUGGUAUUCUUCCGAGUUCCUCUCCGUCCAACCCCCCCGCCUUUCCCGCUGAGCCCUCACCACGCCUGCCAAAGCUCGUCCUGCCUACGUCUACAAAUAUCAUACCGGUACACUUUCUCUCCCUAUCCUCACCACUUCCUCUCCGGUGGCAAACCGUCACUCGCUGCGAAAACAGUAUUUGUCAUGUCGUCAAAGGAAAAGCCGGGGUCGCCGGCCCCUCAGUCAUCUCGAGAGCCGAAGGAUGAGAAUGAAGACGAUGAGGAGGAGAUAAACUUAAUGAAUGCCUUCAUGUCUGGGGAGAAGACCUUCUAUUCGCCCUUGCCGCCAGUAAAGCCUACGUCCACCAAGCCGUCUGGGAGUAGGAAGCGUGAGCGAUUCCCAUCCAUCUUUCGUGUCGAUAAGAUGCUUAUUGUCGUCCAACAGGUGUCGCGUUCGCCGAGCCCAGGGAAGAGCCAUCAAAAGCACCUAAAAUGGGUACGUCUUCGCCCUUCCUGCCCUUCUACUUCACCUAAGGUCAUAUCCGUUGUCAUGUUGCUGGCGAAAAGCCGGUCGCCCCCGCAAACGCUUAUGCCCCGUUGUGUUUGGCGAGACUGCUCCUCAUUCUCGGCGCGUGUGGCGAUGUGGCAAUCAAUGACCACAUUGCGGGCUUUAGGAUAGGGGAUAUUAAUGCUGACUUUUCUCCUUUAGAGCACAGGCAGAUUCCUAUGCCUGCCGAACUAAUGGUUCCAAACUCCCGUCGUACUCCUUGGAAGGCGUUAGUUCCCCCACGCUCCCUUUACCAACGAUGCCCGUUAUUCCCCGAUGGGAAAUUGUCCGUCAAUUUCUCUUCCUGUUUAUAACUCCCUUGAUUAUAUACGCUGACCAUGUUUUUUUUUUUUUUUUUUUCUUCUAUAGCCCGAAACACCGUGGGUUAUAUCCUCGAUCCUAGAACUUUACCUUAUGGUAGCCAACAGACACUAACUCCAGCUCCUUCGCAAUAGCAGAUAGUUUGCCUUGUACCUUGAAAAGGCAGAAUCCCAAUUACUGGUGGUCGGCAGUCACACCAGAACAUCGGAUUCCUCCAGUCCUCAAUGAGAAUGAGUUGAUUCUCCCGCUCCAUCCCCGCAUCCUCAGUGUCUAAAUUUUCUCUAGGAGCGCAAAUAAUUCACGACUGGGAAAUUCUUCACAAGGGCGCCUCGGCUCCUGAGUUCAUAUCAUAGCAGCAUGUAUCAAGUGUCUCCCGGGCCAACUUGGACCAAUACGGUGAUAGUACAUAGUUUUUUCUUCCUUCUUCUUUUUUGGGGCAACUAGGGGGCUGGGUGGCAUGGGCUGUGCGUUUGGGUCUCAUUUUUCCACAAAACUAUUACUUGGGUUUCACUACAUUAUCAUUUGUUUUUUUCCUACAGCGUGAUUUUCUUUACAUUUUAUAUUCUACAAACUAUUUCCUCGCGCCGCAUCGGCCGCGGGAAAUAUUUCCUCCAAUUCCUUCCUGCUCCUUACUCACGACCUUUUAUCCAUUGGUCCAACAAAUUUUCCAUCUGCGCUCAACAUCACGAUCCCAACAGCCCCGCAGAUGAUUUCGGUCCCUCCACAUUUACCAGAUCAUCACUCUCCCCAAUUCCUACAUCUAUUCCUGCGACUUCCGGUUCGAGGAGUCGGUUCACAGUCCUCCAAACAGCGAAAUGCACGCCCCCAAAACAUUGUCUCCCACUAUUUCUUCCCUAGGAUACGGGUAAUUAAUUCCCCCUUCUGUCUAUUAAUCUGCUCCGAAUCUAAAUUGAGCGGUAUGGAGACUGACAUCGUAUAAGCUUAUGGAACUGUGGCGCUGGGCUGCCGGGCGGAGAAAUCUCGGAUUUCCGGGUUCUUGGGAGAGUGGUUUGCGUAAGGAACCGCUUAAUAUCACCCGCCGGUGUACUCACUUUGGCACUAACUCAUGACAUAGGAGAGAAGAAACCCUAUACCUGGCAAAUUCUCGAAUUGAUGGGACAGUGUAUUUGUUUUUGGCUUGGAAUAUAUAGGGUUAGCCAGAAAGGAGCAAACCAGUCUGAGAAGUUCAAGAGAUCCGAGCGGGCCGUUGGAUUUAAGGGGGAAUCGGAGGGGACUAGAUUGGAGAGGGUAUUCUAUCAUGAUAGUGAAACCCACCAUAUCCUUUGGUGGUACCCAUUCCCGCAGCCGUCCUUGGACAAUACUCAGUAAAGGAAGCAAACAGCAAGCUGGACCUUCCCGCACCCCAGACAUUCAGUCUCAGCGCCCGUCCUACAGUUUGACGUGCAAGCGCUAUCCGCCCUAUCAUAGAAAGUAAUACGUCCAACCAUCAAACCCCCAACAAUCGCAGCGUCAAGAAACCAUCAAACAACCGCGACUCACCAGCUGGAAACCGCCGCGGCCGUUACGGUGUUCAUUGGGAUAAUCAAAUGCCCGCCGUUGCCGACGUUAUCAGGGUUCAUCUCCAUGAUGCACUUGCCACCACCCGGACCCGUGAGAACCCGGCAGAAACCAUCCUUGAGGACUAGGAUCGAAGUGGUGUUGGAUGUCCGGGCUGUUAUAUCACUCUUUAUGCAAACGGGAUGCCAAUGAUUUCUGUUCAUAGUUUCUACUAUCUACUCUCUCUCAUGCCAUGCCAUACUCACAUUUCUUUUGUCCACGAAUCACUGUACAUAGAUACAAUGGAGGCGAAUAGAUGACGCCCAAAGUAUAUUUCCGAGUAGAUGUGUGCGGCGGUGCACUCUCCUAGUCGGUGUGUCGCAAGCAGAAGACGCUGGUCAAGGGAGGGACGGUGCCAAAGGGCGGAGGGAGAGAAGAAGGCGGGCCAAAUUCACCCGGACAAUCUCGAUGAAAAGUUCACAAAGAAGGAAGGCUCGCCUGAGGUCACCGCAGGCGAUAUCAUAACGCCCCACAACGAUAUCCCCAGAACCCCUCAGCUCACCCAUCACCAAACCAUACCUCCCUGCCAAGUUCC